GGUGCGGCUCUCGACAGCUGCAGUGGCGGUGACAGGAGUGGCGGUCGCGUGGGUCCGGCGGGAGCAUCUCGGAUAGUGCGUCGUGUCUGCAGGCUAGAAGGGGCUGUUCCAGAUACUGCAGGACGCUUCCUCCCCGCCACCUCCACUAGCUGAUUAGACAAGUGCUGGAUACCUGAGCUCAGGCGGGCCAGCCAGAAUCUCUGCCAGGAAUUUGGAAUAGUGAUGCCAGGCUGCCAUGGCUGCUGUUGACAGCUUCUACCUCUUGUAUAGGGAAAUUGCCAGGUCAUGCAAUUGCUACAUGGAAGCUCUAGCCUUGGUUGGAGCCUGGUAUACAGCCAGAAAAAGCAUCACUGUCGUCUGUGACUUUUACAGCCUGAUCAGGCUGCACUUUGUUCCUCGCCUGGUGAGCAGAGCAGAUCUGAUCAAGCAGUAUGGAAGAUGGGCAGUUGUGAGUGGUGCAACAGAUGGGAUUGGAAGAGCCUAUGCAGAAGAGUUAGCAAGCCGUGGGCUCAAUAUCAUCCUGAUUAGUCGAAACCAAGAGAAGUUACAGAUGGUUGCUAAAGACAUCGCCGACACCUACAAAGUAGAAACUGAUAUUAUAGUGGCGGACUUUAGCAAUGGCCGGGAGAUCUAUGACCCGAUUCGAGAAGCCUUGAAGGACAAAGACAUUGGCAUCUUGGUAAAUAAUGUGGGUGUGUUUUAUCCCUACCCCCAGUAUUUUACUCAGGUCUCCGAGGACAAACUCUGGGACAUCAUAAAUGUAAACAUUGCUGCGGCUAGUUUGAUGGUCCACAUAGUGUUACCGGGGAUGGUGGAGAGAAAGAAAGGCGCUGUUGUCACUAUCUCUUCCGGCUCCUGCUGUAAACCAACUCCCCAGCUGGCUGCUUUUUCUGCUUCUAAGGCUUAUUUAGACCACUUCAGCAGAGCAUUGCAGUAUGAAUAUGCUUCUAAAGGAAUCUUUGUACAGAGUCUAAUUCCGUUCUACGUGGCUACCAACAUGACUGCACCUGGCAGCUUUCUGCACAAGUGCUCGUGGUUGGUGCCAUCACCAAAAGUAUAUGCACAUCAUGCUGUUUCUACCCUUGGCAUUUCAAAAAGGACCACAGGAUACUGGUCCCAUUCUAUCCAGUUUCUUUUUGCACAGUAUAUGCCUGAAUGGCUCUGGGUGUGGGGAGCAAAUAUUCUCAAUCGUUCUUUACGUAAGGAGGCCUUAUCCUGCAAAGCAUGAAACUGGAUGAUGGUUGCAAAGUUUUUCCAACUCACGGGAACCUGCAGUAUUCUGACAUUUGGAAGAACAUGUUUAACUUAUCUUCUGUAUUUUCUUUUAUUACUGGUUAUUUAGUAUACUGUUGACUCAUUUGCAAAGCAAACAUGAUACUUUGAGAGAAUGCUAUGGAAAAAUCUCAAGAGCCGCAUGGUGGCACAGCAUAAAUAAUGACUGAGGAACAAGAACUGAUUGAGGAAACCUAAAUUUCAAUUCUUUUUUUCCUUAAGGUGUUCAAGAGUUGGGUGAUUUAUGUUCUUCUAGGAGCUACAGCAAUCCGAUAUUGAAAUAUACUUAUGACUUGUCACCUCUAUUUCAAAUGUUGUUUUUUAAGGGAAAUUAUCUAGUAGUUGGAUUCUAGUAUUGUUUUCAAAUGUUCAUCAGGAAAGACUAGUUAAAAGUGUUAUUGUAUGAGUAAGAUUGCUGGUAUUAGCAGUAGAAAUCUGUGUGUAUUACUAUUGUGUAGCUCUAGUUGUUUGACUAUCUGUGUAAGAAAAGUGCUGCUUUUCAACUGAUAUUUUAUUAGAAAACCAUAUGUGUAUGUAUGUUGUGUGCAUCUAGAUAACUUUAUUUAUGGGUAAGUUACUUUAAAAAAGAUUUUUUGUUAAGAUGGCUUAACAUGGAACCUUACAGGGUAUUAAAAUUCUAGAUUAUUCCUUUUUAUACUAAAUAAGCCUACCAAAUUUUGUGCUAUAGGUUUGCCAUGUUUAAUAUUACUUAACGACAUUCUUGGUUUGUUUUUUUUUAAAUCUUCCAUGGAAUUAAUUCAUUCCUAGAUUUGGACAUGUAAUGAUUGAUUUAUAAUUAUUGUGGAUAAAUAAUGCUUUUUCGGCUUAUAACUGAAAGUUAGCUCUUUGGAAUUUGUUAAUCUGGUUUUCAUAUACUCUUCUAUAUAAUAUUCCAUUCCAAUAGCAUUAUUGGUAUAAACAUCAAGUAUUUAUGGAAUGUAGUUAAAAUAUGAACAAAUUAUGUGUGUGAUAUGAUGUAUCUGUUGAAAUAAGUUAGAAGCUCAUUCUUGGUUCUUGUAAUUAACUUACACAUUACAGUGAAUACUUUUAUUAGUGUGAAGAUAAUUAUGCACAACCCACAACAAUAUGGCUUAGCAUUGAAACCUGUGAAAUGUUUUUGGUUCUGGUCCUAUAAAGUCAAACAUUUUUGAGGACACAUACCUACUGCUUUGACAGUUGUAAAUCACUAUAUGAAUAUGUGUGCAAGUUAAAAUUUUGGAGUUUAAUAUUGAGACACCAAUGCAGAAACUAGUAAAUUGAUUGAAAUCAGAACUUUUCUGGCAUUGUUUUCUCCUGAGAUGAUGUACCAUUAUGACUAGGCCUAAGCAUCUUUUUAUGUUAUACCCACAAUUUUGCCAGUGACAUUGCCUCAGUAUUUUCAAAUGUGACUUGGAAUCAGUUCAGAAACUUCCACUUCACUGAUCAGGCCUUAAUCACAUAAGAGGAAGAUAUUCAGAUGUGAAAAUUUACACACUAAUGACACUAUGUAUCACUGAAGGUUUUGAUGGACUUGCUUGAAAGCCUUUAUUUGGUCACAUUUGGCAUUUUUCCUCAUCUAACAAUUAAUUUAUGUCAUUAAGACUAGAAAAAAAAUUGACUUCAUGCCACAUUGACUUGAACUUUGACGUGUAAUAAGCAGCAGCAACUUUAUGUAAAAAAUACCAUAUUUAUAUAAAAGGUGUUACGUGGUGCAGCAUUGUUUUAUAUUUAUAGAUUAGGUAUUGAAUCAUUGUUACAUGAUGAGAAUAAAUAAACCAUGUCGAUGAUGUUUUAAAAUUCUCUGCUUGACAGGAUGUACGUAAAUAAGCUGAUUGGUCCAAAGUUAGUGAAAAAUCAAAACCAAGAAUCUUCCUUCUGUUUUGUCUUUCAUAAAAUACUUUUCUCCAGAGCUCAUUUGAGAGUCAUAAUUGGACCACUGUAGAUGGAGUUUCUUAUUAAGAAUGUGGGAAAUAAGAGCCUUUUAAAUAAUCUAUGAACUGAAAAUUUAAUAAUGAAAGCGGUUGCUUCUUCCUUUGGAAGAGGUUUUGCUCUCUAUGUUUAUGAAUUGGUUGUCUGGAAUGAGAGAUACAUUUUUUUCCCCCAUAGAAAUAAUUAUUUUAAAAUUACAAAACUUAAUCUAUGGUAGUAAUUCAUUAAGAGCUUGUAUUUCAGCAAGAACAUUGUAUAUAACCAUGUCUUUUAAAGUACUAAGUUGAUUUCUUGAUCUCAUUCUCCUGAUAGGUUAAGUAAGAUGGUUAAUUGUGAUCAUUGACUUUGGCAGCAAUGUGGAGGUCACUGGCAGUUUUGCCAUGAGCUAUUUCAUCCAGUGGUGGGGUGAAAGGUAGACUGUAGUGGUUUCAAGAAAGAAUGGGAAGACCAAGGGAGACAGCAAGGAGAGAUAGCUCUAUCAAGGAGUCUUUUUGUUUUGUUUUAACCUAAGUUACUUAAAAUCUUGUCACAUUUGGGAAUCAGAGGGUUAGGUGGAUUCCUCCAUCUUGACAGUGUGCCCUCUGAAACCAAGUCCAGUCUUUCUGUAUCUCUGUCUCAGUAUUGGCUAGGCUGUUACUCUUAAAAGAACAUUUAGUUUCAAUAAAGACUUACCUUCCAUGGAA